CCAUGAUCUCCAUAAAUACUCUCAUCUUCGUUCUUCUGUUCAUUCUCUUCUCUUUCCUCUGAUUUCUCUCUAACAUAAAAAAAUAUGACUAAAGAACAUCAUGCCACUCAUCCACCCAAAAACCAGUCUUUAGGGAUCUCGUCGUCUUCGUCUCAUGUCCAUCUGAAGUUCAUUGACAUCUCUUAUAGAGUGAAGAUUGAAAAUAAUGGUGGAAACAACUUGAUUAGGAGCAUAUUUGGCGGAAGUGAAACCUCGACCAGUGACGAUUGCAGUAGGAUCCAAGAACGGAGCAUCUUGGAGGGGAUCACCGGAAUGGUACACCCUGGUGAACUCCUGGCCGUCUUGGGCCCGUCGGGGAGCGGGAAAUCCACCCUCCUGAACGCGCUUGGGGGGAGGCUACCUAGACACCAGUUCACCGGAACAAUACUUGCCAACGGUCGUAAAUUGUCCAAAACAGUACUCCGACGAACUGGUUUUGUCACCCAGGACGACGUACUCUACCCCCACCUCACUGUCCGGGAAACUUUAAUCUUCUGCGCCCUUCUCCGUCUUCCGCAGAGCCUCACCCGGGGGGAGAAAACGGAGGUGGCGGAUUCCGUGAUCGCAGAGUUGGGUUUGUCGAAAUGUGAGAAUACAAUCAUAGGUAAUAUGUUUAUCCGUGGGGUCUCCGGCGGGGAACGUAAGCGCGUGAGUAUCGCACAUGAGAUGUUGGUAAAUCCUAGCUUAUUGAUACUGGACGAACCGACGUCAGGUCUGGACUCGACGGCGGCGCACAGACUGGUGUCGACCCUGGCUGGGUUGGCACACCAGAAGGGAAAGACGGUUGUUACGUCGGUGCACCAACCGUCUAGCAGGGUGUUCCAGAUGUUCGACACGGUGCUGGUUUUGUCGGAAGGAAGGUGCAUUUACUUUGGGAAAGCGUCGGAGGCCAUGAGUUACUUUGAGUCGGUUGAUUUCCGACCAUCUUUUCCGAUGAAUCCAGCUGAUUUUCUGCUUGAUCUUGCGAACGGUGUAUGGCAACAUGAUGGAGCAGAGCGGCCAAACAUAAGACAAAGUUUGAUUUCCGCAUACAAUGAUCAGCUUGCAUCGAAAGUGAAGGAUGCAUGCUUGUGUUUGGAUACGCAAACCUUAAUGAAAGAGCACACGUAUUCCCCCCUUGAUAAGGAGUACUCCAAUACAAAGUCUAAAUGUGUGAAGGGUCUCAACACAUGGUUUAUACAAUUCACCAUUCUCAUCCAAAGAAGCCUCAAGGAAAGAAAGCAUGAAACAUUCAAUCCACUUCGAGUCUUCCAAGUAAUCGCAGCCUCCUUGUUAGCUGGUUUCAUGUGGUGGCAUUCAGAUUUUCGGGACAUCCAAGAUCGACUCGGUCUUCUAUUCUUUUUUUCAAUCUUUUGGGGCGUCUUUCCGUCAUUCAAUGCAGUGUUUGCAUUCCCACAAGAUAGGGCCGUGUUCAUGAAAGAAAGAGCAUCUGGACUUGGCUUUGCAGUUGGUGCAAUCGUAAUGGACGCUAAACAAGGCUCAACCGUAGUAACUGUUACAAUGUUAGCAUUCGUUUUAACAGGAGGUUACUAUGUGCAUAAAGUACCCGGUUUCAUGGCAUGGUUGAAAUACAUCUCUUCAACCUUUUAUAGUUACAGGCUAUUGAUCCAUGUUCAAUAUGGACAAGGACGGGAAAUAUGGUAUAUGUUGGGUUGUUUUCAGUAUGGCAGUAAGCAUGCAAGCUGCAGGUUUAUUGAAGACGAUAUCCAAGGUCAAAUUUCCACUUUUUCAUGCAUGGGGAUUUUGGUCAUUAUGUUCUUUGGUUAUAGAUUAUUGGCUUACCUUGCACUGAGGCGAAUCAAGGCGUGA